AUGAGCAGUGUAGCGGAACCGGCGGAAGCGAUGGUCGAGACGCCUGUGCCAGACUCGCAUCGUGAGCUGGUCGUCCCUCGUGACGAGAAGAACACAUCGAUUCUACGUUGUGCAUUCUGCAACUGCACGAUCCUCAAGGAAGGUCAGGGCACGUUUGUGCGGAUCGAAAAACAGCUGCCUCAAAUGAGCGUGAAAGCCGGUGAGGAGUUUGGCGAUGAGACGUAUCUGACGUGUGCCGAUUGCGAACGUGGCCCGAUCGGCUUUCACGAUGUGUCAACGAAGUGCAGUUACGUUGCUCUGAAGCGAGUCAUCAUGAAUUGA